AUGUCACAAGAUAUCCUCCAGCCUGGGAAGAUCCCAGAUCCUGUAGAACAUGGAACCAUGUGGGACACAUCACUUGAACUACAGGACAAUGGAAACGUUAAGAUACCCACAGUAUUUGUGCAAGAGAUAGAUCCACAGACGGAUGAAUGCAGUGAAAAUGAAAGGCUUCUGCAAAGGACGCCUAGUUUUGGAAAGACAGUCAAAUUUCUUUUGCCGCCCAUAACCAUUGAGGACAAUGUACCCCAAGAGGAGGAGAUGCAGUUCUUUCAAGCAGUGGAAGAUGUCCUGGGAGUACCCAAUGCAUGUGAAGACUGGAAGCUCAGUGAAGACAGACCAGGACCCACAGAGCCAGAACUGAGCAGUGAAGACAAUCUGUUGAGAAAGAAAAUUCUGAGGAGGGGCCGUGGUGAGGACUCAAGACCGCUCCCUGGCCAACAAGUAACUGUUUACCUUAUGGGAAUUUUGGAAGAUGGAAGUCUGGUGGAGAAAGAUCCAAAACUGUCCUUUGUUCUGGAUGAAGGUGACGUUAUACAGGCUUUAGAAUUGGGUGUUCGAUCGAUGCAGUUGGGAGAAGUGGCAUUCCUGCUGACAAAUGGUCUUUAUGCCUUUGGUCUUCUGGGAAGGGACCCAGACAUCCCAACAGAUGCCUCGCUACUAUAUAAAGUGACUUUACUGGAAGUCAGAGACAAGCCCAGCCUGAUAGCUCUCACCACUGCUGACCGCAUCACUCUCGCAAAUCAAAAAAGGGAAUGUGGAAAUUUCCAUUUUGAGCGUGAAGAAUAUCGAAGUGCCAUGCACUCUUAUAGCCAAGCACUGACUAUCCUCACACCUAACACUGCAGACCCACUGAGCUCAGAGGAAGAAGAGGAGAUUCGUGAGCAUCGAAUCAAAUGUCUGAAUAACUUGGCAGCCACCCAGCUGAAGCUUCAUCACUAUGAUGACGUCAUGAAUUCCUGCAAUGCAGUCCUAGAGAUGGAUACAGACAAUGCAAAGGCUCUUUAUAGGAAAGGCAAGGUCUUAUCUGAAAGAGGAAACUAUGAAGAAGCCAUGUCUGUCCUCAAACAAGCACUUAAACUGGAACCUACAACAAAGGCAAUCCAUGCAGAGCUUUCCAAGCUGGUAAGGAGACAAAAAGGACAGCCUGAAGUCACCAAAUCCCUGGUGAGAACUAAACCCAAAGCUCAUCUUAAGCUUAGAGAUGACUUAAAUCCGCUUAUCCGUCACAGCACAAAACAGAAGGUAACCAAAGGAAUGCUGCUGAUUGGAGCCCUGGCUGCGGCAUUACUAAGUUUACUGGCAACUUUCAUCCUUGCGCGGGACACCUGAAUAUUGAUGCCUGCAGGACAAUGUUCAGUUGUAAUUGUAACUGAUGAUAUACUUUUCUAUUAUUGAAGCUCUGUGUAGCAGUGCAUUCCCAGUGACCACCUCUGCCACCACAAAUGGACCAAACAGGCCAUGCUCUCCGUACUCAUCAGCAGAGGAAGGACUGACUUCUGUGUAGUUGAA